AUGACAGUAGAAAACGGUGGUCAGACAAUCACAGUCGGCGUCCUCGCCCUCCAAGGCGCAUUCAGCGAACACGUCCAACUGCUCCGAUCUGCCUCGUCCAGUCUGCCCUCGUCGCUCAAAUUCCAAUUCAUCCAGGUCCGUACGCCAAACCAGCUCGAGCAAUGCGACGGUCUGAUCAUACCGGGUGGCGAAAGCACGGCAAUGUCUCUUGUGGCGGCGCGCAGUAAUCUCCUCGAACCACUACGCGACUUUGUCAAAGUCCAGCGGCGGCCUACAUGGGGAACAUGCGCAGGGUUGAUAUUACUAGCGGAAAGUGCAAAUCGGACGAAGAAGGGUGGACAGGAUUUGAUCGGAGGAUUGGACGUCCGGGUUAAUAGGAAUCAUUUCGGAAGACAGACGGAGAGUUUCCAGGCAAACCUACGACUGCCGUUCCUUGAGUCGACCAAAGAGACCAGCAAGAACGAGCCUUAUCGAUGCGUCUUCAUUCGCGCGCCCGUGGUGGAGAAGGUGCUGCCGAGCAAAAAGGCGGUAGGCAUACAAGAGGGAGAGCAGGAGCGAGAUGAUACCAUCGUUGCGCCAAGCAAGACUCCAGUGGACGACUUGGCGAGGAAGGAGCUGGACCAGGAAGUUGAGAUUAUGGCUACACUCUCCACCGACGCGAAGCCACUACAAGUGAAUCAGCAACAUGAUGACUCCGGCAGCGAAGAUAUCAUCGCAGUGCGACAGGGCAACGUAUUUGGGUGCAGUUUCCACCCUGAACUGACCAAUGACGCGCGGAUACACGCUUGGUGGUUGAGUCAAGUAGUGAAGGCUGUCGAGGAAAGAAGGCAGUUUGAACUUGGCUAUGGAACCAAAUGA